AGUUUUUCAUAAUCUUUCAAUUAAUAAAGACGUAAAACUACAAAGCAGAUAAAAUGAAGAUUUUCAUCUUAAUGUUGACUGUUUUACUAUUCGUGUGCUUUGCCGAAUCACUUCGACCCCCCAAGAGAAUGAGAAUAGGUGGUCAGACCUUUAAGUUUAGUGGGUGCAUGGGAUGCUUUCCUGGGAAAAAUCCUAUAUGUGGAAAAAGUGCCAGUGGUAACAGAACUUUCGACAACAAAUGUGAACUUAAUAAAUACAAUUGCGAAAAUCCCGGCCAAGAAUUCGUCUUUCUCCAUGAUGAGCCAUGUGUUACGGAAUAAAGGUGUUGAAAUGUAAUUUUUUGUCUUAUUUUUACUUUUAAGAGUUAUUUGUAUGUCUUCAAAGUAAAAAAUAAAAGAUAUUCUUGAAACAAUUUAUUCUUUCUUUAAGAAGAAAAAACUUUUAAUAAUAAAAAAAUUAUCAGCAAC